CAUUGUUUGAGGUUUUUUUUGUUUCCCUAGUGGAAACAAUCACAUCUUUCACAUUGUACACAAUCAGUCACAUGCUUUAUUCAUUACUAUUGCCACCCCUAUCAAUAGAUUGGUCUGCAGCUGUGAGAAACAUCUUAUUCCUUUAAAACUGUAUUGGGUCCUUUACUGCCCCCCCCCCCCACUCCACAGAAAAUUAUAUCCAUCAGAAAAUGAUCAGAACCUGCGACAUUCAAUACAGAGAAGUGCUUCUGAAGUCUGAUAGAAAGACAAAAUCCACUAUCAGCUCUUUGCACAGACACACUGAGUUGACUCAUUUUGCAUCUUUAUGAAAAUGAAGCUUUUGUUGAUUAUUUUGUACAUUGUUUCUAUUGCCUUGCUACACAUAGAACUAGCUUAUUGUAUCUGUUCCAGUGAUGAAUAUGAGAUAAAUGGACAUUGCUGCCCUAUGUGUGCACCUGGUAGUCGUGUUUUAUGGCAUUGCACAGUGGAUACCAGCACGACUUGUGUAUCCUGUAGUGCAUCCACAUACACUGAUGAACCUAAUGGGCUUGAAAUUUGCUUUUCUUGCUCAACCUGUGAUGCAGGUUUAAGGCUACAGAAGGCCUGUACACGGUUAUCAAAUACUGUUUGUGAGCCACUUAAAGGAUUCUUCUGUAUGGUCAGAGAAAAAGGCAGCUGUAAAUUAGCUGUUAAACAUUCUCAAUGUAAUCCUGGAGAAUACAUCCAACAAAAAGGAACAGCCAGCACUGAUACUGUGUGUGGUGAAUGCACAAAUGGCACCUACUCUGAUGGCACUUUUACAGCUUGUAAGCCACAUACAAAAUGUCAGAGUAUGGGUCGUAAACAAAUAGAAACAGGAACAACAUCAUCUGAUGCUAAAUGUGAAUAUACUCCGAAUGGUCUUGUUAUUGGAAUCGUGACUGGUGUUGUGGUCAUUGUUGUUAUUGUUGUUAUUAUAGUCUCAGUAACCCAGUUCGUCAUAUUCAAACACAAAUCAAAGGCUCGUCCAGUGAUAAGGUCCGUACAAAAUGUUGGUGGAGGGCUCUUAAAGUACUUACAUAAUCCAUGGACAUAAUGUUACUUAUUACAUUUUAACCAGUCAAAGUGAAACAAAAAGAAAAACUUUUCUUGUUACUGAUGGUGGACAAGCUGGUCACUGAGAGUGAAAAAACUAGGCACAUAUGUUUUCUUCCCUAUAAUAAAAUGUAUUAACAUUACUAUGGUACAGUUUAAACACUGUAAAAGAUUACAGGAAGAAGAAAAUGUAAUAUCAUAAAAAUAAUUCUUCUUAACCAGUUACAUCUGUAAUGAAAUGGAUAUCAGCACACACGCGAUUACUAUUAGUAAUUUUGACACUACUUGCAUGAUAUGUUGAAAUUAGAACACAAUCUAACAGUUCUUGUGAAUAAUUUUGUGACAUGACAUUUAUUGGUAAAUAUAUUAAAAAUCUGUAACUUUUUCCAAUUUGAGUCUGAAUCUCU